UGGGAAGGUUUGCAUCGACUAACUAUGGAGUAUCUUUCAGUUAGGUGGGCAAGAACAAGCGAUAGAAGUAGCGUGAGAAGUUGUGUGGUCUUGCAUCUUGUUUUGUGCAGCUCCUGGUUGUCGUCACUUCUUGUUGACAAGACAAGAAAACCAGAACUAGACUGCAACGAACAAAGAAAUGAAAGCUGCAACCACGUCCAUCCGUUCUUCGCUGCGGCAAGAAAAGAGCUUGAGCCUUCAGGAGGUGGGACCAGAAGUGCUGAUAUGGCAUCAACGCAAGAAGAGGAAGAAACUGCGGCUUUCGAGUUUUUCAGUGUCAAAGAAGAGGAUCAGCAACAGCAACAUGCUCGAACAAAGGGCGUGCAUCAGCAACAGCAGCAUGCUCGAACAGAGGGCGUGCAUGCCGGACCACGACAACGUGCUGAUCUGGAAUCAGUAGGCGAAGAUUCAUCUCCGAAAAUGCUAUCGGGUCUGGAAUCAGAAGAAGAUUUAUCUCCGAAAAUGUUAUCCUCCGCUCUCCACGACCAAGAAUACAUCUGCCGUUUCUGUCCUCACGUGAUUGGUCUAGGAAAUCAGAAAACCGGCACAACAGCGAUCGCACACGCCUUACUUAAGGCUAGUUGCUUCUUUGGUUUCCUAUUCCGCAACUUCAAGGGCAAGAAAACAGUAACUCUAACAGGUCAAAGAAAAAUGACUCUAGGACUUUCAUAUGAUGAAUUUGAAAGUUUGCCUUUGAUGGCCAAGUUGUUUCUCUUCGCCCCCCUUCGCCCCUAGUUUUACUUCUAACUUCCGUUUUUUGUUGCAGGAAGUAGGUGGCGCUUCCCCUGAUUCUAUGCUGCUGUCCAUCGACACUCCGGAGAUCGAUUUCAUACGCGCUCAUAGGGGUCGAAACGAUUCUCAACCUCUAUUAGGGGUAGGGUAUCACUAUCUCAUGAGGACGGUGCUGAGUGGAGUCCCCUCCUUUGAUUUCUUGAAGGGGAAAGAAACUAAAGGGCAAAGAGGGCAACCGCCUAUUCGAGUCGGGAUAGUGAAAAACUACCUCUAACUUUAUCCACUUGGGAAGUGUGUGCGCGGUUGCGUCAGGCUGAAAGUGGGAUCGCGAUCAAAAAAACUGCGGGCAAACAACUAUUGGCAAAGGUUGAGGAAGAGGAAGCUGCCCUUGUUAGUUCUUUGGAGAAUGUGGAGAAAGAUGAUAAAAAUGAUGUAGAAGGAGAUACCAGGUGGAAACACGAACACGGUGAUGAAGCUGCUACGAAACACGAAGUGACAAAAACUACACAAAAAAGAUCGCAUCAACGUCUUGAAGCAGAUUAUGACGUUCUGGUGCCUGCACGUGCAAAAAACGACGACAUUAACGAAAGAACCGCAAGCAAAAGGAGCAAGAAACUUUUUUCCUCUUCCACUAGGAGGUUUUUCAAAACCUCCUCCUUAUCUCGUCAAACUCAAAGUGAAACACCACGAUUAAUAGCUCCUUCUGCUACUCCUGCUACGCCUACCCAACAUGAACAUCGAGGUCGCGGACCUCUUCUGCGGAUUCUCAAAGUUCCCUCCAUCCUACCCCAUUUCGAGAUAUUUCGAAAAGUGUGUCCAUUCACACGUUUCUAUAUGGUCAUUCGCGCGCCCAUGCAGAAUGCAAGGUCGAUAUUGGAUAGACUGGCGCAUCUUGGACUCGAGGUCGGAAGAAAUCGAGACUCUAUGGCUGGAACGCUGAUGACGCUUCAGCUGCACGAUAAUGCGUUUGAUUUACGACACACGGAGAUGGACUAAAUAGUAGUAGACAAAUCCAAUGCAUCAAUGUCGACGAUCAUCAGUUUUUUGUCGACAAGCACAAUAUUUUCGAGGACAAGCACAAUAUUUCUUCAUUUUCUUGUCGAUGAUUUUCAUCACAUUAAAUAUAUACAAUAGGGAUCAUAUUCUGAUGAAUUCCAAUCUUUCAACCUUUCAACCUGCUCUCUAUAAUAGCGCGACCCUCGUCCUGCACCUUUCAUUCCCCCUCUACCAAGAAUUUGUAUCGAAAACCGAUUUGAGCAGACAAGUUGCGGUUCUGGAGGCAGGCUGGGCAAGACCUGGCGUCUUUGACGUGGAGAUCCCUGAUGAAGCGCUCUUAUCUGUCAGGGUAGACCCUGUUAAGGCUAGUUGUGUCCUUGCUUGGUUCUUCUUUUUCUACUGGGAAAAAAACAGAAGCUUCCAAGGAUAUGACUCUCAAGGGAGAUGCGAUCGCGGUAGCUCUAAUCCCGGUCGUCUGAAAAGACAAAAAGAGCUGUUGAGGAUAGCAGAUGAGGAGGAAGAUAGGAGAAAAAGUAUGCGGAUGAAACAACAAGAACAACAACUAGAAUUAGUAUCAAAGAAAGCGACCACUGGGACAACUUCGAGGACAAGAGCAUCUACUUCAGAUGAUGAGGAUAAUCUUCAACAUCAAGAUGCUCAAGAGGACAACAAGAAUACCAAGAAUAACCACAACCGGGAGCAGACACCUUCUCCGUCCAGUGAAGUACAAGUCAUCGACAUCCUAGCAGAGCACCGUACGCUGAAAAAGAAGUCUCAAGUUGCUUUGAUGUCCCAGUACGAUUUGCGGGAUGUCCAACUCCGCUUUGACUUGGAAACGCAGGGGAGGAUAAAAUGGAACAAUUUCGUACAGAAGUUUGCAAGACGUCACAUUUAAGGCCACAACCGCUGAAGCAUGUGUGUUCCUAAUACCAUGAUGAUCCUCAUCCUUGGUUAAUCUUUUUCCACUUGGAGAAGAAGCCAAGCAUGUCCUCAUAAAAACAUAAAAAUCCUUGGAUAUUUUCUUUUUACUUGGAAAUCGAACAAAUGCUUCUUUUUCUACUUGUGAAUGGUUCUGGUAUUUAGUAACCUGAAUUUGAUCCUAAGGGAAAACAAGAAGAGAACCCUUAGGAUCGAACUCAGGUUACCAAAUACCAGAACCAUACAACUUGUCGGAAAAGAAGCACCUUCAUCCUCCUCCAGGGGUACUAAUCGUAAUAGAGUUACUCUCAAAGAGGAAGAGGAAGAUGCGAUAAAGCGGUAGCACAGCUUCUAAGAAAUACUACAGAAUCUUCUUCCCUUUGAAAUACUACAACUCUUCAUAAUUUACAUUUACGCAUCUCUAACAUCUGGGAGUAGACACCUCACAACCUCUGAAUUGCCGUAGCUAUCAGGAUAUGGUCAAUGCUGUUUACCAUCCAGCUUGGCGCAACAUCGCGAAUGAGUCCAGGACGAGUGUGCUGUAUGACUUGGUUCAAGAGGGAGCCGAAGAACACAUGCAUGCAGGUGUUGCGGAAAAACCGCUCUAUAGUUGUCUCUCUGCCUUUCUAGGACGAUGGAUGCAAUUUGUAAGGCCGAUGCUGAAACUCGCAAGAACCAGCUCAUCCUCGACUUAUGGGAUGAACUACCACGAGAAGAACGCGGAAGAAGUAGGAUCAUCUACAUCUUCGUUGUUUCAGCUUGCUGAUAACGUAAAACUAGUACAGAUCAACGACAUAAACGUGAAGACGGAAAAUGAUGUGGAGGACCAGAGCAACAACUACAACUACGUUGAGAUACCACCAGAGAAUACGAUCAACGUGAUUCGGUAUGAGGAUUUCCGUCGUUCGCCGUCCGACACGAUCUUCGCUCUAGCCAAUGCUCUUGGGCUCCUCAGAUCGAAUUCAUCUUCAUCUUCUGGGAUAGAUCACCGUAUCCGCAGGCUUGGAUAUAGCACGAUUUCAAGUGUAUCUAGAGAAACAACAGUGGAACAAGACCCUACGUCUGCACAAACACACGAUCACGACCGAUUAAAAUCAUCCUUAACUACCCAUGAAGGCGUACCGCCCACUUCUGUGCAAACAUACGAAGAUGAACCAUUCUUAACUACCCAUGAGGUACCCUUCCAAGCCCUCCGCUCCACCCGUUUCCAUGACCCCAUUGAGGCUUUCCGUAAGCGUUUACGCAUAAUAACGCCUGAAUUGGCGAGAAGAAGCGAGUCAUUCCAACACGCAGCGGGGAUUCAACUGCAGCCAAGAGGAUGGGGACACGGAAAGCCGUUGAAACAGCUCUUCUCUGAAAACGAUUGUCGAAAAUGGCACUCUGUUGGUAGGAAGGCUCGGGAACUCUCCGCAGCAGCGAAGUUGUUCGGCUAUGAUGUGUUUUUGGACGAGGAGGACGGAACGUGUAGGGAAGAAGUGUUGCCGCUGUAGUCACUGUAUAAUUACAUCAGCGGACGACCACAACGAGGACACAAUUUUAGAUCCAUCAACUGGGUUUUCACAUGCUAUCGCUGUAAAAUCGCUUUGAUACGACGGGAGCACGGACACAGAUUGCUGCAAAAAUUGACCACGUUGUAAUACGAUACACUUUCCAACACCGAGGACGAUGUCUCUGACUGUACUAUUGCUUCGCUUACCG